AUGAGGCACUGGGUCCUGCUGGUCUGCUCCCUCUGGGCCUUCACCAGCUCUGGAGGGGCGACAAAUGCAGAGAACUCGCUGCUGAAGACCAUGUUCAGCGCCUAUAACCCCAGGGUCCGUCCUGCGCUGGUCCCAGAGGAGAGGGUCGUGGUGCGCAUCGGCAUGGUGCUGUCCUCCUUCGUCGGCCUGAAUAUGAAAAAUGAGGAGAUGAGCACCAUCGUGGUCAUGAACCUGGAGUGGAGUGACUUCCGCCUCGCCUGGAGCCCGAAGGACCACGAGGGCCUCAUGGUGAUGAGGAUCCCGGCCGCUAAAGUGUGGCUCCCUGACAUCGUCCUCAUCAACAAUAACGACGGUGUCUUCGAUGUGGCUCUUCAUGUUCACGUUCAGGUUUAUCACAACGGGAAAGUUACAUGGACUCCACCUGCUCUGUACCUGAGCUCCUGCAGCGUGAAGGUGGAGUACUUCCCGUUCGAUUGGCAGAACUGCAGUCUGGUGUUCCGCUCCUACACCUACGACGCCUCAGAGAUCGACAUCCAGUACUCACUGGACUCUAACAACAGAGAGAUACAAGAGAUACUGCUUGACCAGGCCUUCAGUGAGAGUGGAGAGUGGUACAUUCGGCACAAACCCUGCAGGAAGUUUAACGAUGACGAAGGCUACGAGAACAUGGCUUUUUACCUCAUCAUCGAGAGGAAGCCGCUCUACUAUGUCUUCAACAUCAUCCUGCCCUGCAUCCUCAUCACCAUCAUCGCCAUCUUCAAUUUCUACCUGCCUCCGGAUGCUGGAGAGAAGAUGGGUCUGUCCAUAAACGUGCUGCUGACCCUGACUGUCUUCCUGCUGCUUCUGGCCAAUAAGAUCCCAGAGACGUCUCUGGGCGUCCCGGUCAUCGUCAACUACAUCAUGUUCACCAUGAUCCUGGUCACCUUCUCCGUCAUCAUGAGUGUGGUGGUCCUCAACCUGCACCACCGCUCCCCCAACACACACCAAAUGCCCCUGUGGAUCCGCCGGAUCUUCCUCCACAUGCUGCCUCCGUACCUGUGCAUGAGGAGACCCAAAGCAGAGAGUCUGGUCCUGGAGCUGAGACCGAUCAAGCAGCCCAAGAUCAGUCUCAGCAAAGUCUCAGACGAAUACUUCAUCCGCAAACCAGACAACUCCGUCCUCUUCCCCAAAGCACACAGGUUCAACCCAGAGGGCAUGUGCACAGACCUGAGGAGGUUCAUGGAGGGUCCCAGCUCGUUCCUGAGUCUCCCUGAGGAGCUGAAGUCUGCGGUGGAUGCCAUCACCUACAUCGCUGAGGCCCUGCAGGCGGAGAAGGACUAUGUGGCUUCUCGGGAGGACUGGCAGUACGUUGCCAUGGUGAUGGACCGACUCUUCCUCUGGAUCUUCGUGGUCUUCACCACCGUGGGGACGCUGGCCAUCUUUGCCCACGCUCGCAACAACUUCACCCCCACCGACCCCUUCAAGCCCACUUAG